AUGGAAGACCUGAUCGACGCGCACAAUGCAUCCACAGAGCAAAUCAAAUCUCUUACCCCCCAGCUGCAACAAUGCGAGACAAAGAUUAUGGACCUCGAGGAUAGAUCCAGGAGAAGCAACAUCAGGAUGAGGGGCAUACCGGAGACGGUCCUCCAGGCAGAUCUCCCCAGCUACAAACACUGCUUCUUCAGAGCACUGGUCCCCGAGAUCCACACAGAUAUGCUGUUUGUGGACCGUCUACACAGGGUCCCGAAGCCCCAGCAGAUUGCGGCCUCGUUACCCCGAGACGUAUUGCUGAAAGCCCACUAUUUCCACGUGAAGGACCUUCUAAUGAGGAGAAGCAGAACAGCCAAAGACCUACCUGCCGAAUACUCCAGCAUCAAGAUGUUCUCCAACCUCUCCGCGGCCACCCUGCGAUAA